AAACGUUAAGUUGCAACAGAUGUUUUACUGCCGUUUGUAAACAAACUGUCAUGAUUAUAACCUCAAUUUAUUAAGCUAAAAGCUAGGUUAAAUGUUUAUAAGUAAAUUUUAAGAAAAAAAUGUUUGAACGCGUUUUAAAAGUGAAGUAUCUCAGUUCAAAGACAUGUUUUGUAUAUUUGUCAGGUCGUCUUAUUAACAUACAUAGAGUGAUUUAUUUGAAACUGUCCUACUGUACAAAAUCUGGCUAUUUUUCAGUAUGCACUUUAGACUCUCUUGAUACAGACACAAUAGGAAUUAGCUCUCUUUAUGCAAAAGCCUUAGGAAUAAAAGAAAACGAUUAUAUUACUGUGUCUCAGAUUGAGCAACUUUCUGUAGUAAAUGGUCUUAGCAUAAUACCAAAAAAUAAAAGUGACUACGAGGUUUUGGAGGUUUUUGCCCAAGAUGUACAAUCAAGUUUACUAGACCAAGUGAGGGUCGUUAAUGAACAACAAAAUCUAGUUAUUUGGAUAGGAAACAGUAUUUCUGUCACGGUGGAUGUGGGCAAUGUUCGACCAGUUUCCCCAGGAAUUAUUGAUUUCUUAACAGAAGUUGAAAUUAAAUCUCCCAAUGAAAAAAGGGAUAUUAUUGGUGACUUUUCUAGUCAGGUGGAGUCUAAUUACUUGAAAAAUCUAACUAAACCAACAUUAUCGUUUCAGAAUAACUCUAAUGCAGAAAUAAAUACUUUUAGGAAAUUCUUUAUAUCAAAGAGUGAAUUAGUGUAUCGCAUACUUCCUUUAAAUGAGUGUCCUGGUUUAAAAAAAAUUAUUGAUAGGUAUCCCCCUUUUUGUGGGUUCGUUUCAAGAAAAGGAUGCUAUGGUGAAUAUUUUCACGCAAACACGACGCAUUUCUACAAAAUGAGGGUGUUAGCAAAGCAGAAUGACAAAAAUGUUUAUAUUAGACUUUACUUUCUGGAAGAUAUAUUAGACGUUGACAUAAAUAAUGAGAAUAUAUUUGUACCCGAUAUAAUUUUGGAUGUGCUUGAGGUCAGUUUUUGUUCAAGAGUAUCAUUAAAAAUGAUUGAUACAAAACCGUUUAUUAAAGAGAUUGAAAUGCAUUGCAAGAAGAAUUAUCUGCUAAAUGUAGUAGAAAAAUUAAAAUUAUUUUUGGCUGAUAAUUGUAAAGAGUCUCUGUUAUUAAACUCUAACAUUCCUAUAAAUAUUGGCAGCGAUAUCCAUUGUUUUUUAAAGUUUUUGCCAGAUCCGGUAGAUUUCUGUGUGGUAGAUGAGGAAUUUUUAAGAAAUUGCUCUUUCUCAUUGCAUAGUGAAGAAGUGAAGCCAUUAGAAAAGUUCGAUAUUAAAUUAAAGCAGUCAGACUCAUUUUACUGGAAUGUUUCGCCGUUUUCGAAUAUUCUUUCUAAAGUUUUGCAAAUUCUGACAAGCUGUAAUGUAUUCUUCCCUGAAAAUUGCAUUAUCAUAGGUAGACCUGGCAUGGGCAAGAGUUCUUUUUUAACCCAUUUAAGUGGUAUUUUAAUGAAAUAUCCCUAUUUUGUGUAUAACGAAACAAUUUAUUGUAAACAAAUUAAAGGCAAAACUGUAGAUUCUCUACAGAAAUAUUUUAGCGACUGUUUUGCAAAGCUUAUACUGUGCCAACCAUCUUUACUUGUUCUGGACGAUUUCCACGUACUUUGCGAGGGUGCUAAGGGGGAUGAGACUCCCAACACCCUGUACUGCAAUAGAGUUAGUGAAAUAUUAUACAACAUAUUUUCUCAGUUUACUGCUCAAAAUGCAAUUGGCAUCAUAGCGAGUGUUGAUUCAAUAUCCAACAUAAAUAGACAUGUUUAUAGAUCCCGUGGGAACCACUUAUUUAAAAACGUAUUUAAUCUAGAUGAAUUACAUAAGGGCGAUAGAGUAGCUCUUUUGAAAUAUUAUUUCCUAUCGCACAAUGUGUCUGAUGUUGACUUUAAUGAUUUGUCUGUGAGGACCGAUGGGUUUGUUAUACAAGAUAUUGCCGACCUAUGCAGCAAAAUUAGAUUUGAAGCUUGCAAGGAAGGUUCUGUUAAUCAACCACUCAUCAUAAAACAAAUCCAUUGCGAUGAGGCAUUGAAAAAGUCGUGCGCCCUGUCACUUCAAAAUAUUAAAUUUAGUGCGAGCAAAGGUAAAACAUUUGAAGAUGUAGGAGGAUUGCAUGAUAUUAAGAAUAUCCUGAUAGAAAAUUUUUUGUGGCCUAUACAAUAUCCAACGCUUUUUUCGGGAGCACCACUUAGGUUGCCAUCAGGGAUGCUUUUAUAUGGACCUCCUGGUAGCGGAAAAACACUUGUGGCCAGUGCAGCCGCCAAUCAGUGUAGUUUGAGAUUAAUUUCCGUCAAAGGUCCGGAAUUGCUAAGUAAAUAUAUAGGUGCCAGUGAACAAUCAGUAAGGGAUGUGUUUGAAAAAGCACAGAGGGCUAGACCUUGUAUUGUUUUCUUCGACGAAUUUGAAAGUUUGGCCCCAAGACGAGGACAUGAUAAUACAGGGGUCACAGAUAGAGUGGUCAAUCAACUUCUAACACAUUUGGACGGAAUCGAGUCUCUGAUAGGAGUCUGUGUAUUGGCUGCAACCUCGAGACCAGAUCUUUUGGAUCCAGCCUUACUUAGACCUGGAAGGUUGGAUAAGCAGCUCUUGUGUCCCAUGCCAGAUAAGGAGAGUCGCAAAGAGAUUCUCAGUGUCCUUUCUCGGGGUCUCGAUCUUGACAAUGAUGUUAAUUUUGAUCAAAUUGCGUCACUCACAGACGAUUAUUCUGGUGCCGACCUUCAAUCAUUAUUGUAUAGUGCGCAGCUUGAUUGCUUUAAGGAGGAUGGUAGUAGUAUACUUUUGACAUCGCCAAUUUCUCAAAAUUCGUUGCUCGAGGCGCUGAAGCGUACUAGACCUUCCCUUACUAGAAACGAAAGGUUAAAAUAUGAAAAAAUAUACGCCAAAUUUCGUGGAGAAUUAAGAGAAGAUCUUCCAUCAGGGUUCAAAGUGACAUUAGCUUAACAGUGCGGAUCCAUAUUGGAAUUGUUUUUAUAAAAACUUUCUGCAGCGUUCAUAUGUAUGAACAACAAAGUAUUCCAGUAAUAUGUAUAUAUACAUGAAACCAAUUGCCUUCUAUUUCUAAGUUAUUGUAACUUGAAACUAUUUUUCUUACUAUUUUCUUUGUUUACUGUCUUACUAGCACCAGGAAUAUUAAGUCUUGAAUAACGAUUUUUAUAUUUCUUCUGUUAUCGCUUACUAGUGGCUUCCAACUUGGUAUAAAGGAAUAUUUCUGUAAAGUUUUUGAAUAAUUUAAUACAUACGAUAUUUGCAAGGCAUUGUUGUGAUUUGUUAUGGUUGUGUUUUGUUGUUACCAGGUUAAAAAUAAAUUGUAAAUUUAUUUUAUUUAUUCUGUAAAUUUUAAUUGUUCGUUUGUAUAUAACAUUAUUUGGGUAUCCUUUAAUUCCUUGUCAUUUUGGUGGAUGCCCACAUUUUUAACAUGCUUGGUUUAUCCGUAUGGUUUAGCAAAAGCGUUUAGGGUCAAUUUUAGGAAUUUUCCAUUAUCAACGGUGGGACCAGCGCAAUUAAGGGAUACAAAUAUUCAAAGUUCAUAAUUAAGCCUCAUUCAAACAACUUCCCAAAGUUUUUAAAAUCGCGUCGUACAAAAAGCGUUCCUUUCUCGUUGGCGGACGGUCCUUAAUAAAAGGCGUUGCGUUGCGAGCGACGGGAAUUAGCUCCGUAUUGAGAAUUGAGGCGGUUUGAACAACUUCAUCAUAAAACUGCCGUUUAUCAUUUUUUCGGAGCGAAAAUAUUUAACCUAAUUGUAUCGUUAGAGCAGCAACUCCAAAAAUGUUUUUCCGUUUUUGCGGCUGGCCCUCUCUUUAGAUCUUAUAAUCCUACGUAAGAUUGCUAAAUUGUUAUAUGAAAUGUUCAACUUAAAAACGACUGAAAAUAUUUAAUAAAUAUUCGUAAGUAGUAGGUGGUCGUAAAUGGGUUUUUAAGUAGUCAUCUUUAGUUUUAAUGUAUAUAUCAGUGUGGUAAGUUAUGAAAAUGCUGGUUUUAUCUAUAAUCUGCUCGAAAACCAAUUAUUUGUCCCAGAAAAGGAGGAUUUAAGUAAAUAAUUGCUUUUCUAAGGUAGAUUUCGCUACAAUACGACUCGAAAAAGCUGAUUUUGACUGGGAUCUGUAAAUUUUUUGGAAAAAUUACGACCAAACCCCAUGAAAAUUUUGGAUCGAAGUCGAUAUUAACCGAUCCGUCUGAAAUUUGGCACGAAGAUAGGGAGUCGAGAGAUUAUUAAAAAAAAAGUCGGUUGUUUAAUUAGUUCUUCCGGGGGACAAAGUAUUGGCAAAAAAAAAAACAGAUUUUUUUGAUAGAAUGUUUCAUAUUUCGGUUAUUUAUAAUUUUAAGAAUUUGAAAUUUAUACGUUAUAUACUUUAAUCUUUUCUAUAUUUAAUGAUACCAAAAGAUCUUAUAUAAGUUGUAUCGUUUUUUGUCGGGAACGGUUUUUGUCGGAGACUGCAAUUUUUUAAAAAUUAUAUUAAUUAUUAUUUACAAUUAAAUUGUGUGAGCUG